GGAGGUAGUAUGUUAUAAUAACUUCACCGGAGCCGGAGCAUCCAAAGUGUCUCCGUUGCAUGACAAGACAAGGACUCCCAUGUUCUCUACUUAAUUGAAGAAUAAUCAAGAUGGCCGAGGCAGUUGUCUCCCUUGCAAUUGAGAGGCUUUACGAACUACUGAUUGAAGAUGCCAGAUUGUUUAAUGGGGUGAGUGACAAAGUCAGGAAAACGCAAAAUGAAUUAAUGAGUAUCCAAUGCUUCCUGAGCGAUGCUGAGAGCAGGCAGGAUGAAAGUGAGAUUCUUAAGAAUUGGAUUUCAGAGAUCAGAAAAUUAGCUUAUUGUGCAGAGGAUGUAAUUGAAAUUUAUGCUAUCAAGGUUGCAUUUGACAUGAUUGUUAAAACUAAAAAUCCACUCUCCAGAGCUAUAUAUCUUCGGAACUUCAGAUCUGAUCUCUCCAGAGCUAUAUAUCGUCGGAACUUCAGAUCUGAUCUCAUAACAAUCAAUAAUGGAAUAAUUGACCUCACAAGAACAUUACAAACUUAUGGUUUGACUGCAGCAAGAGACAAUGAAGAGAAUCGCUCUGCAUUUGAGAGGCAACGACGAUUGAGAUGGUCUUAUCCUCAUAUAGUUGAAGAGUUCAUUGUUGGCUUAGAUGACGACAUAAGCAAAGUGGUGAAAUGGCUAGUAAAUGAAAAUCAGCAUUGUCGAGUUGUAUAUAUUUGUGGAAUGGGUGGUAUUGGUAAAACUACUCUUGCCAAAAGCAUUUACCAUCACAAUAAUAUUAGACCAUACUUUGAUGCUUUUGCUUGGGCGCAUAUAUCCCAACAAUGCAAGAAAAGAGAUGUCUGGGAGGGAAUUUUACUGAAGCUUACUUAUCCUUCGGAUGAGGAAAGGGAUGAGAUUUUGAAAAUGGAAGAUGAUGAAGUGGCAAGCAAGUUGUUUGAAGUUCAGCAAGAGAAAAAAUGUUUGAUCAUCCUGGAUGACAUAUGGAGCAAUGAAGAUUGGGACAUUCUAAGUCCGGCUUUUCCAUCAGAAAAUACAAGGAGUAAGAUAGUGUUUACAUCCCGCAACAAAGACAUUUUGCGUGUAGAUCCUAAUGGCCUUCUUCACCAACCAAGUUGCUUAAAUGAAGAGGAUAGUUGGACAUUGUUUCAGAACAAAGCUUUCCCAAGACAACAAAACUCAGAAUCCAUAAUUUCCGACGACUUUAAAAGAUUAGGCAAAGAAAUAGUUACAAAGUGUGCUGGUCUGCCAUUGGCUAUUGUCACCCUUGGGGGGCUUUUGGCUACAAAGGAUACAGUCAGUGAAUGGAAAACAAUACAUAGGUAUCUAAGUUCACACCCAAUAGGAGGAGAGUUACCUCAAAAUCAAAUGUUAGGCAAAGUGUUGGAUUUAAGUUACCAGAACUUGCCUGUUCAACUGAAACCAUGUUUGCUCUAUUUAAGUCAAUUCCCUAAAGACUCUGAGAUACCAAGAACUAAACUAAUUCAGUUAUGGGUAGCAGAAGGUUUUGUUUCAUCUCGAUAUGUUAUUGAAGGAAAUGAGACAAUGGAGGAUGUUGCUGAACGCUACUUCAGUAACUUAAUUAGCCGCUGCAUGGUUCAAGUUGGUCAGAUGGGGUCUACUGGUAGAAUUAAAACCUGUCGGCUCCAUGAUUUAAUGCGUGAUCUGUGUUUGUCAAAGGCCAAAAAAGAAAAUUUUCUCUACAUUAUUGGUGGAUCACAACAACAUGGUGCCGUUGAUGUUGCUUCUUCAUCUAAUUUAUCAGAUGCAAGACAAAUUGAUGAGGUUCGCAGGCUUGCUGUUUUCUUGGGUCAACAUGUUGAUCAAUUGAUUCCACGGGACAAGCAAGUGAAUGAACACCUCAGGUCCCUUGUCUUUUUACAUGACAGGAAAUGUAGGAUGGAAAAUUGGGACCUAAUUAAAGAUGUUUUUGUGAAAUUCAAACUACUUAGAGUUUUAGAUCUUGAAGGAAUUAAGGGGAUGAAGGAAAAGUCAUUGCCUAAAGAAGUGGGAAAUCUUUUAUGGUUGAAGUUUCUGAGCCUAAAAAGGACUCGUAUACAAAUACUGCCAUCUUCCUUGGGCAAUUUGGAGUAUUUGCAAUUCCUGAAUUUGCAAACUGUCAACAAAGUGGGUUGGGAUUCAAUUGUGGAAAUUCCAAAUGUAAUAUGGAAGUUGAAACGGUUGAGACAUCUAUAUCUUCCAAAAUGGUGUGGAAAUGCUGCUAUCAACCUGCAACUGGAAAAUCUAAUCAAUUUACAGACCCUAGUAAAUUUUCCUGCCGGCAAAUGUGACGUGAAAGAUCUUUUAAAAUUGAAAAGGCUCAGAAAAUUAGUACUGAAUGACCCAAGACAUUUUCAAAAGUUGACUGAAAGUUUCAAUCCCCCUAAUAAGAGGUUGGACUGCCUUCUAUCCUUGUCUUUAAGGACUGACAUGCUUUCCUUUCCUGAUAAUGUAAUAGAUGUUGUAAAAUUGGUGCUAGGCUGUCCUGCCCUCCAUAAACUGCAGAUAGAAGGGCGGAUAGAAAGGAUGCCAGAAGCCUAUCUAUUUCCUCCGCAGCUUUCAAAGUUGACUUUAUGGGGUUGUAGACUUGUGCAAGAUCCAAUGGAAACAUUAGAGAAGCUUCCUCGCUUGAUGUUUCUAAAUGGGUGGGAUAUGUUUGUUGGGGAGAAAAUGGUAUGCUCUCAAAAUGGUUUUCCUCAAUUGAAGGUUCUAGUACUUCGUAGCUUGCUUAAUUUAGACGAGUGGACAAUAGAGGAUCAAGCCAUGCCAGGUCUUCAUCGAUUGAGCAUAUCUGAUUGUCAUAGUUUAAAGAGGGUUCCUGAUGGACUUAGAUAUAUUUCUAGUCUUCGGGAGCUAGAAAUCAGAUGGAUGCCUAUAUCAUUCAAGACCAGGCUUGGGACUGCUGGUGAUGAUUACGACAAAGUCCAACAUGUGCCAUCUAUUCUAUUUUUGAACUAAGGAUGUAAUUUUAAAAGAUUAACUACCACAUUGAACCCACUUUCUCAAAUUCAUUGCUAUUAGCUUUC